AUGGUUUUAGUUCAAGAUUUGUUGCACCCAACUGCUGCCUCUGAGGCCAGAAAACACAAGUUGAAGACUUUGGUCCAAGCUCCAAGAUCUUACUUCUUGGAUGUUAAAUGCCCAGGUUGUUUGAACAUUACCACCGUGUUCUCUCACGCCCAAACUGCUGUUACCUGUGAAUCCUGUUCUACUGUUCUUUGUACCCCAACCGGUGGUAAGGCUAAGCUUUCCGAAGGUACCUCUUUCAGAAGAAAGUAA